AUGGACCACCUUCCUACCGUUCGGCCUCGCACACCGACUGGCCCGUUGGGUUAUUUGAACUUCCCGCCUGAGAUAAUGAACAAGAUUUACCGAGAGGUACUGGUGGACAACAGCCAGAUCCUCGCUUUUCUGUGCUCUUCCGAUUCGGCGUGUCAAUUCUUCCAUCUGAAACAGGCGGUGGCCGCGCACCAGUCUCCACGUCACGAUCAACUUGAUUGGACAGAGCUCUAUGAUGUCCGCUACUAUAUCAACAGCAGCGGCUUAUCAGCUCAGUUCCUCCGUGUUUGCCGAAAGAUAUGGGCAGAAGGCUCGCCUGUGCUGUACGGCAACAUCACGGUCGCCAUGCGGUGCACCCCUGUCCGACUUGAUCCCUGUCUCCCUCGAUUUUUCAAACGCAAUACUCCAUAUGUGCUUGCCUGGGCCCAUUUUUUGUAUCCGACGUCCGCAGGGCCUGUCGACGGCCUGAUGCACUGGGGAAUGACUCAUACCAUAAGAGAAGCAGACUCCUCUGGAGCAAUCUGUGAAGAGCAGCGAUACGACAAGAGGGAGACGCAGAGAUAUGGCAGCAUGAGGAAGGAAUCAGCCUCGGUUUAA